GACAAGGCUGAAUCCCACCUUCGCUAUGGACAUCUAUGGGUAACAGUGAGCUCAAGAAAUAUAUGGGUGCAGGUGAGUAAUGCCGACGGUGCAUAUAACAGGUUCGCACGUAAGCGGGAUUUUUUUCGGCCGCACGGAAACUACAGUGAGCAUUUAACAGAUCUGAGAUAUGCAGGACUAAAGUAUUCCUGA